GCUCCAAAAAGUCCAAGGGAGCAAGCUUGGAGGAAACGCUGGGUUCAGCUUGAAGCCCUUCCACAGACAUUAAGUCGGUGAAAACCAUUCACUUGGAGAGGAGAAACACAUGGCCACCAAGACAGAGUUGAGUCCCACAGCAAGGGAGAGCAAGAAUGCACAAGAUAUGCAAGUGGAUGAGGCACUGAUCCCCAGGAAAGUUCCAAGUUUAUGUUCUGCUCGCUAUGGAAUAGCCCUCGUCUUACAUUUCUGCAAUUUCACAAUGAUAGCACAAAAUGUCAUCAUGAACAUCACCAUGGUAGCCAUGGUCAACAGCACAAGCCCUCAAUCCCAGCUCAAUGACUCCUCUGGGGGGCUGCCUGUUGACUCAUUUGGUGGCCUAAGUAAAGCCCCAAAGAGUCUUCCUGCAAAGGCUCCUGUGUAUGACUGGUCUCCUCAAAUCCAAGGCAUCAUCUUUGCUGCUGUUGGCUAUGGUGGCAUACUGACAAUGGCUCCCAGUGGAUACCUGGCUGGAAGAGUAGGAACAAAGCGAGUGGUUGGCAUUUCUUUGUUUGCAACUUCAUUUCUCACUCUAUGCAUCCCUCUGGCCGCUGACUUUGGAAUAGUCUUCCUCAUUGUAACUCGAAUAGUCCAGGGCCUAAGCCAGUCCUCAAUAGUUGGGGGUCAGUUUGCAAUUUGGGAAAAGUGGAGCCCUCCACAUGAACGAAGCAGACUCUGCAGCAUUGCUUUAUCAGGAAUGUUACUGGGAUGCUUUACUGCCAUCCUGAUAGGUGGCUUCAUUAGUGAAACCCUUGGGUGGCCCUUUGUCUUCUAUAUCUUUGGAGGUGUUGGCUGUGUCUGCUGCCUUCUCUGGUUUGUUGUGAUUUAUGAUGACCCCGUUUCCUAUCCAUGGAUAAGCACCUCAGAAAAAGAAUACAUCAUAUCCUCCUUGAAACAACAGGUCAGGUCUUCUAAGCAGCCUCUUCCCAUCAAAGCUAUGCUCAGAUCUCUACCCAUUUGGUCCAUAUGUUUAGGCUGUUUCAGCCAUCAAUGGUUAGUUAGCACAAUGGUUGUAUACAUACCAACUUACAUCAGCUCUGUGUACCAUGUUAACAUCAGAGACAAUGGACUUCUAUCUGCCCUUCCUUUUAUUGUUGCCUGGGUCAUAGGCAUGGUGGGAGGCUAUCUGGCAGAUUUCCUUCUAACCAAAAAGUUUAGACUCAUCACUGUGAGGAAAAUUGCCACAAUUUUAGGAAGUCUCCCCUCUUCAGCACUCAUUGUAUCUCUGCCUUACCUCAAUUCCAGCUAUAUCACAGCAACUGCCUUGCUGACGCUCUCGUGUGGAUUAAGCACAUUGUGUCAGUCAGGGAUUUAUAUCAAUGUCUUAGAUAUUGCUCCAAGGUAUUCCAGUUUUCUCAUGGGAGCAUCAAGAGGAUUUUCGAGCAUAGCACCUGUCAUUGUACCCACUGUCAGUGGAUUUCUUCUUAGUCAGGACCCUGAGUUUGGGUGGAGGAAUGUCUUCUUCUUGCUGUUUGCCGUUAACCUGUUAGGACUAAUCUUCUACCUCAUAUUUGGAGAAGCAGAUGUCCAAGACUGGGCUAAAGAGAGAAAACUCACUCGUUUAUGAAGUUAUCCCACCUUGGAUGGAAAAGUCAUUAGGCACCGUAUUGCAUAAAACAGAAGGCUUCCGCGAUGAAAAUACCAUUGAAAAGAUUUUUUUUUUCCUGUGGCUCUUUUCAAUUAUGAGAUCAGUUCAUUAUUUUAUUCAGACUUUUUUUGAGAGAAAUAUAAGAUGAAUAAAAAUUCAACUAAAAUGAUAACUAAGAACGCAGUUGUCAUCUUCACAGAAUUAACAACGGAUUAAGAGGGCUUGCUGUGUGGGACCCAGUAUGUUAGAUUCCAUUACUGGAUACAAGAAACAAUGUUUUAAAACCUUUAAUCCAGGGUGACAACUUCACUAGGGGAAUGAUUUUUCCUGUUUGUGAAAAUUAAUAUUACUUUCUAUUUAUUGGGUUGGGUAUUGUCCAUGUGUUCCCUCCUGUAUGUCCUCCAUUUAUCUCCAUCCUGCUCA